UACAUAUAUAUGAAGAAUGUUUAUUAUUAAAUUUCUUUUGCUUAUUACUAAAUACAUAUUUUGUAAGGUCACAAUUGCACGUUUAAAUUGUAUCUUUACCUUAUGAAUAUCUCUCAUAAUACACAACAUAUGGAAGAAAAGUAUAACCUUGUGGCGUAUAUGAAAGACAAGAGAUCUCGUUAAAAAAAGAUAACGAUUUUAAAUAUUCUUAUUGAAUAUGGGAAAUAUUUUAUUGCGAAUAUUUAUAUAUUUCUUAUAUUAUUAUGAUACGUCAAUAUGACGUAAAUGCAUGUUAUUAUGGAUUAACCCCCGCGAAUAACAACGGGACCGGUUCCAUAUUGCGUAAGGCAAGUGAUUGAAUUAUCUCGUGUUCAUCGUUCAUCGCCUUCAAUAAGAUUAGAAUAGUCGUGCGAGCGUUUUCAUGUUCUUCCGACCACCUGUGGCAUCUCACGUUUCGUUCGAAGGUUCGUGCGUGAUCAAGGAAAAUUUCUAGCAAUCUUCCUAAUUAGUAUUUUCGCUCUGACCAGAGUCUGAAAAAGAUAAAUAAUUAGACACACACCGGCUCUUUAUGAUGCAGCAUACAGUUUUGGUGAUUGGCGGUGGUGGCAGAGAGCAUGCUAUUUGUUGGAAAUUGUCUCAGUCACCCCAUGUAAAAGAGAUUUUAGUUGCUCCUGGAAAUGUUGGCAUCAAACAAGUGGAUAAAGUUCAAUUAGUUGACUUAAAUAUUAAGGAUACUAAGGAAAUUGCUAAAUGGAGCAAAGACAAUAAUGUUUAUAUUGUUGUGGUUGGACCAGAGGAUCCUCUGGCUCAGGGAUUAGCGGAUGAUCUGAGGGAUGUGGGAGUGAAAUGUUUUGGACCACAGAAAGAAGCAGCUCAGAUUGAAGCUAACAAAGAUUGGGCAAAGCAGUUUAUGAACAGAAAUCAUAUUCCUACUGCUAGAUGGCAAAGUUUUACAUCUGCAGCAGAUGCAAAGAAUUUUGUGAAAACUGCAUCCUUUAAAGCACUUGUCGUGAAAGCCUCGGGUUUGGCAGCCGGUAAAGGUGUCGUAGUGGCGAAAGAUCAGGAAGAGGCUUGUCAUGCGAUAGAUGAGAUGUUAAACAACAAGAAAUUUGGAGUUGCUGGUGAGACUGUUGUUGUUGAGGAACUCUUGGAAGGUGAAGAAGUAUCUGUACUUGCAUUUACAGAUGGCAAGACUGUCGUACCUAUGAUGCCUGCGCAAGAUCACAAAAGAAUCUUUAAUGAAGAUGCUGGACCAAAUACAGGUGGAAUGGGUGCAUAUUGCCCAUGUCCGCUACUAAGUGAAACAGAAUAUGAACAGGUGAAAAUAAAUGUUCUACAGAAAGCUGUGGAUGGACUUAGAAAAGAGAACAUUCCAUUUGUUGGUGUAUUAUACGCUGGUUUAAUGCUGACUAAGGAUGGUCCGAAAGUUUUGGAGUUUAACUGCAGAUUCGGGGAUCCUGAAACGGAGGUUCUAUUACCAAUGUUGACAUCAGAUCUGUUUACAAUUAUGAAGGCUUGCUGCGAAGAAACUCUAAACGCACCUCUUGUUUCCUGGCGAGAGAAUGUAUCUGCUGUAGGUGUGAUUUUAGCAUCUCGCGGUUAUCCAGAGUCCUCGUCCAAGGGUCAAAUUAUAACAGGCAUCGAUGAAGUGACAUGUAAACAGGACUGCUUUGUCUUUCAUUGUGGCACAGCCGUUUCAUCAGAAGGCGAAUUAAUAACUAACGGUGGAAGAGUUCUCAUCACUGUCAAUGUAGCGCCUACUUUAGCGAUGGCAACAGCUAGAGCCACCCAGGCUGCUCGACACAUUUCGUUUGACGGAAAACAAUUCAGAACAGAUAUUGCGCACAAAGGAAUUGCUAGAUCUAUUUUACAAAAGGGAAAUUUAACAUACAAAAUUAGCGGCGUGAAUAUUGACGCCGGCGAUCAUCUUGUAUCCGUCAUCAAACCAGCUACUUGCUCCACGAAACGCGCUGGUGUUCUGGGCACCAUAGGAGGUUUCGGAGGUCUCUUUGAUGUAAAAGCCGCGGGUUAUAACGAUCCUAUCCUGGUGUCUGGUACCGAUGGUGUUGGUACCAAAUUAAAGAUAGCGAUCGAAUGCAACAAACACGACACGGUAGGCAUCGACCUGGUUGCCAUGUGCGUAAACGAUGUCCUUGCGCACAACGCGGAGCCGUUGUUUUUUCUAGAUUACUUCGCCUGCGGCAAACUCGACGUUGGAGUGGCUGCAAAAGUCAUAAACGGAAUAACCGAAGGCUGCAAGCAAGCGGGAUGUUCCUUGAUUGGUGGAGAAACGGCUGAAAUGCCCGACAUGUACCGCGAGGGAGAAUACGAUUUGGCUGGCUUCGCGGUGGGCGCAGUUGAAAAGGGCAACUUGUUACCGCGAGUGGACGAUAUUAAGGAAGGUGACGUGGUAAUCGGUCUUCCGUCCAGCGGCGUGCACAGCAACGGCUUUAGCUUGGUGCGAAAAGUCUUAAAACUCGCUGACAAAAGUUAUUUUGAUAUCGCACCUUUUUCAACAAAUAAUCGAACUAUCGGCGAGGAACUGUUGGAACCAACAAAGGUUUAUGUAAGAAGCGUCGUUCCCGCUUUACGAACAAAUCGAGUGAAAGGAUUUGCACAUAUCACUGGUGGUGGUAUUUUAGAAAAUAUACCUAGAAUUUUACCGAGUAACUUGGGUGUGACAUUAGAUGCGACUAAGUGGAAUAUUUUACCAAUCUUUGGCUGGUUAGCUGCAAUUGGUGGAAUCAGUAAACACGAAAUGUUAAGGACAUUUAAUUGCGGAAUUGGUGCUGUCUUAAUAUGUUCCGAAAAAGACAAGAUUGAAAUUUUGAAUAAACUAAACGCUGAAAAUCCUGUAGUUAUUGGAAGCGUGAAUACAUAUGGUGAUAACAAGGCUAAAAUACACGUGGAAAGCUUUGAAAAGGUUCUCGAGCUGAAAAUGAAACAAUAUGUUCCCAAUUUAGUUGCAACAUUAAGCAAGCCUCUUAAGAGAGUAGGUGUUCUAAUAUCUGGCAGCGGAACAAACCUUCAAUCGUUAAUUAACGCCACUCAGGAUUCGUCUAAAAACAUUGGAGCAGAAAUCGUCUUAGUGAUUUCCAAUAAGUCCGGUGUUGAAGGAUUAAAACGUGCUGAAAAAGCGGGCAUUAAAACAGUGAUAAUUAAACAUAGUGACUAUCCAAAUCGCGAGUCUUUCGAUGCAGCUAUGAAUGUGGAACUUCAUAAUGCUGGAGUAGAAAUAGUAUGUCUGGCUGGCUUCAUGCGAAUUCUCUCGGAGCAAUUUGUAAAACAUUGGAAAGGAGCUUUAUUAAAUAUUCAUCCUAGUCUUCUACCCUCUUUCAAGGGACCAAACGCACACAAGGAUGUUUUAGCAGCUCGUGUGCGCAUAUCGGGUUGCACUGUGCACUUUGUUGAGGUUGAGAUUGAUUCAGGAGCUAUUAUCGAACAAGAAGCAGUACCUGUAUUACCAGAUGAUACGGAACAUACUUUGCAAGAACGCGUAAAGACAGCGGAACAUCGAGCUUAUCCUCGUGCUUUAAAGCAUCUGGCGACUGGUAGUAUAAAAUUAAAAGAAGAUGGUACUCUCAAUUGGAAUUAAUUAGAGGACACAUAGAUUUAUACAAUACCGAAGUUUAUAAAUAGAAAUUAUAUUUUUUAUACAAUCUCUCAAUCCUAUUAUUUGAUAUAUAUAUAUUGUUAUACGUGAGUUGAUCUCACAACCACAAAUAAACAAGAGCUCAACAUAUUUA